AGUGUAAUACUGUCAUAUACAAAGCUCUGCCUUUUUGGGACUGAAAUCAUCAAAGUUUGAAGCUUGAAGAAGAAAGUGAAUUAGCGAUGAGCGAGACUCGACCGGUGCCGAGAAGAGAGAGCCCAUGGGGCACGCCGGAGGGAGACCAUCGUCAGCCCAAGGCCCAUCGCUGCAAUGACCGAGCUGAGGACGUCAUCCAAGCUUGUUUUGAGGGAAACCCCUUUAAGACAGUCCCAGGGCCAUUCAAGCUCUUCUAUCAAUGCAUGCGAUCUAAACCUGGGGAGGAACCAACAGAGCCAUAUACAUAUUUGCAGCUCGAUCCUCCCACAAAGGAGGUGAAACUUGAGUGAAGUCCUCGUAUCUUUGCUUGAAAAAAUAAUCCUCUGUUUACGUUUUCUGUCUCAAAAUUUCCAAACUUGUGUUGCAUUUGCUAAAUAAUAUGAUUGGAAUGUGCUUUAGAUUAUGGGUUUGUUUGUUUUAAAUCUUUAAUACAUACAGUUGAACCCAACAGCCUACGAUUCUGUCCACACCAUGUACUCUACAGAAUUCAACUUUAAAUGUCUUCAUUUACUAUACGUACUGUAAUUGCUUUCUUCUGCACUGGUAGCUCUCCCAUUGAAAGUUUGAAACCAUUUGUCAGCUAUUCUAUUAGGAUCUUCAUGGUCACUUUAAGAAAUGUAGAUGACAACCAACUAACUAUACUUUGAUGCGCAUGGUGAUGAAUAUUACUGCAUUGUAGGAAAAGGCAUGCCUUUUGUUGUUGUUUGAUUUGUGUUUUUGAACUCUUAAAAAUUGACCUAAUUCGUGUCUGGAGAUGUGGGCUCUCUCUGCCUCUGCCUUUCUCCAAAAUCAUCAAAACGAAAGAACUCAAACUGUCAUCGAGCUGAAGAACUAUGAAAAAUCCGGGAACCAGAUUACUG